UCGUUGGAUCUCAGAUCUUCAUGAACAAACCAGGUUCUUAGUGAAUCUGUUCUGUGCAGCAGCAGAAAGAGACCAGCAGACAGGAGAGAAGAUGCUGGAGAUGUUAGCAUCAGUCUGUAGAUAUAAAACAUUCCCUUUAAAGGAACGAGACAUGAAUGAUAAAUAUCAGAGAGACUUCCUGCUGGAUCUGUUCUCCCAGAUGAAGGACUGUGAGACUAAAACAGGUCUGAGUCUCCUUCCAUCAUUACAGUCAGUUUUCCAGUCAGCUUCUCCAGUCUGGACCAUAAAGUUCUCAGAGAGAAAGACCUCCAUCCUCCUGGAAGUGUUGAAACUCCAAUCAGAGAAGAAACCAGUGAAGCUGAUGGACUGGUCACAUGAAGAGAGUGAAGUGAGGAGUUUCCUACAGUGUCUACCUUAUAUCUCACAGCUCAGGUUUUAUCGUUGGAGGUCAGAUCUUCAUGAACUAAUCAGGUUCUUAGUGAAUCUGUUCUGUGCAGCAGCAGAAAGAGACCAGCAGACAGGAGAGAAGAUGCUGGAGAUGUUAGCAUCAGUCUGUAGAUAUAAAACAUUCCCUGUAGAGGAACGAUACAUGGAUGAUAAAUAUCAGAGAGACUUCCUGCUGGAUCUGUACUCCCAGAUGAAGGACUGUGAGACUAAAACAGGUCUGAGUCUCCUUCCAUCAUUACAGUCAGUUUUCCAGUCAGCUUCUCCAGUCUGGACCAUAGACCUCUCAGAGAGAAAGACCUCCAUCCUCCUGGAAGUGAUGAAACUCCAAUCAGAGAAGAAACCAGUGGAGCUGAUGGUCUGGUCACAUGAAGAGAGUGAAGUGAGGAGUUUCCUACAGUGUCUACCUUAUAUCUCACAGCUCAGGUUUUAUCGUUGGAGGUCAGAUCUUCAUGAACUAACCAGGUUCUUAGUGAAUCUGUUCUGUGCAGCAGCAGAAAGAGACCAGCAGACAGGAGAGAAGAUGCUGGAGAUGUUAGCAUCAGUCUGUAGAUAUAAAGCAUUCCCUUUAGAGGAACGAUACAUGGAUGAUAAAUAUCAGAGUGACUUCCUGCUGGAUCUGUUCUCCCAGAUGAAGGACUGUGAGACUAAAACAGGUCUGAGUCUCCUUCCAUCAUUACAGUCAGUUUUCCAGUCAGCUCCUGAAGUCUGGACCAUAAAGCUCUCAGAGAGAAAGACCUCCAUCCUCCUGGAAGUGUUGAAACUCCAAUCAGAGAAGAAACCAGUGGAGCUGAUGGACUGGUCACAUGAAGAGAGUGAAGUGAGGAGUUUCCUACAGUUUCUACCUUAUAUCUCACAGCUCAGGUUUUAUCGUUGGAGGUCAGAUCUUCAUGAACUAAUCAGGUUCUUAGUGAAUCUGUUCUGUGCAGCAGCAGAAAGAGACCAGCAGACAGGAGAGAAGAUGCUGGAGAUGUUAGCAUCAGUCUGUAGAUAUAAAACAUUCCCUGUAGAGGAACGAUACAUGGAUGAUAAAUAUCAGAGAGACUUCCUGCUGGAUCUGUACUCCCAGAUGAAGGACUGUGAGACUAAAACAGGUCUGAGUCUCCUUCCAUCAUUACAGUCAGUUUUCCAGUCAGCUUCUCCAGUCUGGACCAUAGACCUCUCAGAGAGAAAGACCUCCAUCCUCCUGGAAGUGAUGAAACUCCAAUCAGAGAAGAAACCAGUGAAGCUGAUGGACUGGUCACAUGAAGAGAGUGAAGUGAGGAGUUUCCUACAGUGUCUACCUUAUAUCUCACAGCUCAGGUUUGAUCGUUGGAGGUCAGGUCUUCAUGAACUAACCAGGUUCUUAGUGAAUCUGUUCUGUGCAGCAGCAGAGAGAGACCAGCAGACAGGAGAGAAGAUGCUGGAGAUGUUAGCAUCAGUCUGUAGAUAUAAAACAUUCCCUUUAGAGGAACGAUACAUGGAUGAUAAAUAUCAGAGUGACUUCCUGCUGGAUCUGUUCUCCCAGAUGAAGGACUGUGAGACUAAAACAGGUCUGAGUCUCCUUCCAUCAUUACAGUCAGUUUUCCAGUCAGCUCCUGCAGUCUGGACCAUAAAGCUCUCAGAGAGAAAGACCUCCAUCCUCCUGGAAGUGUUGAAACUCCAAUCAGAGAAGAAACCAGUGAAGCUGAUGGACUGGUCACAUGAAGAGAGUGAAGUGAGGAGUUUCCUAGAGUUUCUACCUUAUAUCUCACAGCUCAGGUUUUAUCAUUGGAGGUCAGAUCUUCAUGAACAAACCAGGUUCUUAGUGAAUCUGUUCUGUGCAGCAGCAGAAAGAGACCAGCAGACAGGAGAGAAGAUGCUGGAGAUGUUAGCAUCAGUCUGUAGAUAUAAAACAUUCCCUUUAGAUGAACGAUACAUGUAUGAUGAAUAUCAGAGUGACUUCCUGCUGGUUCUGUACUCCCAGAUGAAGGACUGUGAGACUAAAACAGGUCUGAGUCUCCUUCCAUCAUUACAGUCAGUUUUCCAGUCAGCUCCUCCAGUCUGGACCAUAAAGUUCUCAGAGAGAAAGAUCUCCAUCCUCCUGGAAGUGAUGAAACUCCAAUCAGAGAAGAAACCAGUGAAGCUGAUGGACUGGUCACAUGAAGAGAGUGAAGUGAGGAGUUUCCUACAGUUUCUACCUUAUAUCUCACAGCUCAGCUGUGAUCCAGGGUUCUUCCAGAGUGUUUGUUCGUCACUAUCAGUGAAAUCCAGAGAGGAGGUCCAGCAGCUGGUGUCUCUGCUGCAGCUCCUGAACUUCAACCUGCUGCUAACAGGAGAGUUACGCAGGAAAACCUGCAGCUCUGUGGGCAGAGUUCUCCAACUGUGUGGAUCUAAAGUGGAUCUGAUCCUCACCGCCAGCAAGAUGUCUGUUAGAGGAGCCUCCAUCCUCUUUAGAUCUACAACACAGCUCCACAGUCUGAGACUUUCCAACAACGUGGCCUUGUUCUUGUCUCAGUGGGUAAGAAGAGGCAGAGUGUCCUGUCCUCUGGUUGUUGAAGAGCUUUCUGUGGUGUCCACCAAAGCUCCACCAUCACAGAGAGUCUUGUUGAAGGUUGGCAGCAGUUUGGCGUCUCUGCUGAGGUUCUGGACAGUUGGACGGUUAGACCUGACUGAGUCCGGCCUCCCUGCUCAGAGUCUCCUCAGUCUGCUGCUUCAUGAUGCUCCUCUCACAGUCAGACUGAGUGAAGAGAGUCUCCAGCAGCUUCUGGUCCUCCUCCAUGAGGUCCAGGAUCAGGACCUGACGUUGUCCUUCUUGAAUAAGUUUGGUGGAGACCUGAGCUCCUGCCAGUUGAACUGGGAGCUUCUUCACUAUCUGCUGCAGCAACCGUCAGCUCAGACCAUCACUGUGAACCUGAAGAAGAACCGCUUCUUACAGGAGAGAGCUACACAGCUGCUGCCCUUUCUGCACAGGAUGGUGCUUCAGAGGCCCAGUCCCAGCUUUGUGAGGACUUCCAUCAGAGAGAUCUACAGAGGUCACAGCAGUCACAUGAUACCCAGUCUGCUGAGGUCAUUGGAUCAUGUGAUCAACCUGAGCUGCACAGAGAUGGACUCAGAAGACUGUGCUGCUCUGAUCUUCAUCCUCAGACACAGUGAUGGAGUUAGACUGAAGCUGCUGUGGAGCUCCAUCCCAGCAGAGGGAAUACAGUCCAUCCUCCGUAUGCUGCACACAGUUUCUGAUCUCAGUGUGGACAGGAACCAGCUGCUGAGCUUCAUCCACUGCUGCGCUGCCUCUGACAGCCAGCAGGAGGCAGCAUCAUCCCUGCUGAGGACUCUGCAGCACAGCUUGGACCUGUCCUGCUCCUCCUUCGUGGAGCUACCAGAGGAGGACCAGGCUGAUCCUCUGAGAGUGACGGCUGCUGACUGCAGGGCCGUCUCCACCAUCCUGAGACACAGCAGCAGGGACACACAGCUCCACCUGAGAGACUGUGAGGUGGAGGACAGCGGGCUGGACCUGCUGUUUCCGGUCCUGGACAGGGUCCGUUUCAGAGUCAGUAAGACGGUUCUGGUCCAGCUGCUGACCCUGCUUGCUGUGGACAGCGAGACGGACACAGUGAGACGGGCCGUGUCUCUGUUUAGAGCCCUGGGAGAAGAACUGGAUCUGAGUCACAUCACACUGGAUCAGAGGCUCUGUGGAGCUCUGGUUCUGAUGCUGGACAACUCUGAAGGUCUAACAGAACUGGACCUCAGUCACUGCCAGCUGACGGACCAGCUGCUGCUCCAACUCAUCACACAUCUGCACAAAGUCCAAGUCCUGGAUCUGAGUCACAAUAAGAUCACUGAUGCUUCCACUGAUCAGCUACUCCACCUGGUCUCCAUCAACCCCUCCAUUGGUUCUGUGAGACUCUCCAACAACAACAUCCUCAACAGAACUCCUUAUAAGGUCAACAGGAAGUUUGAGAUCUGGUGAAGCAGCUGUCAGCAGCUGGUCAUGUGACCAACAGGAAGUCCCUGUCUCCUGGUCUCAUCAAAGACUGUCUCCUCAGGGUCAUCAGAUGGACAUAUUGGCUGCUAACACUGUGAGGUGGUCAGCAGUGGUCAGAUCUGUUCUUCUUCUGGUUUCCAUGAUUCAGUCCAGACGUCUCAGAGGAACCAUGCAGGAACUGAACACCAAGGAGGAAAACCAGUUUGGUACUUUAACUGGGCCAAAAGGUCUGAGAAUGGAAACAUUGGAACCAUUUUUAGUUCAGGUUUGAAGUUAAACCAGUUUAACCAGUUUACAGCUGGAUGCUCCACAAACACACUGAUCUUAGAGCAGUUUUCUGUCACAUUCAUUAUUUUAUCUGGAGAAAAAGAGCUGCUCUACAUAUUUUAUCUUCAAGUUUAUUUUCUGAACAGAGAAAUUAGGAUUUUAUUAUUCUAAAGGUUUUUAAAAUCAUUCCUAAAUUUCUAAACGAUGAGGUUUUAUAUCAGUCAUUUAUUUUCAGUGAUUUAAUAUUUCUCAGAGUUUGUUUUGGUGAUGUACGUUUUUAACACCAUAAUUCAUGUUCUAAUUUUAGGUUUCCAUUAAAUUUAGAGAAGUUUAGAGGGACGGAGGUUCGAUUUACCAUAUCAGGGAUCUAUGCUCUAGUGGUGCUGUUUUUAUUCAUACCUCAGAGAAACAGUGGGAUAAUAUGGAUGUAUCUGAUUGGUUAAUUAAUUAGGUUUUUUUUAUAUUUCUUGAAAUAAAAUGUUGGUUCCUGGAUGAUGAAUGAUGAGCCAAUAACGUUUUAAAUGAUG